AUGUACUCGGGGAACCGGAGCAGCGGCCAGGGCCACUGGGAGGACGCCGAGGAGUCGGAGCCAGCCGGCACGGUGAGCCCCGCGCCGCUCUUCAGCGCCAACACCUACGAGCGCUUGGCGCUGCUGUUCGGCUCCCUCGGGCUGCUGGGCGUCGGCAACAACCUGCUGGUGCUCGUGCUCUACUACAAGUUUCAGCGGCUCCGCACUCCCACGCACCUCUUCCUGGUCAACCUCAGCCUCAGCGACCUGCUGGUGUCCCUUUUCGGGGUCACCUUUACCCUCGUGUCCUGCCUGAGGAACGGCUGGGUAUGGGACACCGUGGGCUGCGUGUGGGACGGGUUUAGCAGCAGCCUGUUCGGGAUUGUUUCUAUUACCACCCUAACUGUGCUGGCCUAUGAACGUUAUAUUCGUGUGGUCCAUGCAAGAGUGAUCAAUUAUUCCUGGGCCUGGAGGGCCAUUACCUACAUCUGGCUCUACUCCCUGGCAUGGGCCGGAGCACCUCUCCUGGGCUGGAACAGGUACAUGCUGGACAUACAUGGACUAGGCUGCACCGUGGACUGGAAAUCCAAGAAUGCCAACGACUCCUCUUUUGUGCUCUUCUUGUUUCUUGGCUGCCUGGUGGUGCCUGUGGGUGUCAUAGCCCACUGUUAUGGCCAUAUUCUGUAUUCGGUUCGAAUGCUUCGUUGUGUGGAAGACCUUCAGACAAUUCAAGUGAUCAAGAUUUUAAGAUAUGAAAAGAAAGUGGCCAAAAUGUGCUUUUUUAUGAUCUUCACUUUCCUGAUUUGCUGGAUGCCUUAUAUAGUAAUCCGUUUCUUGGUGGUUAAUGGCUAUGGGCGCCUGGUCACACCAACAAUAUCUAUUGUUUCGUAUCUCUUUUGUAAAUCAAGCACAGUGUACAAUCCAGUUAUUUAUAUCUUCAUGAUCAGAAAGUUUCGAAGAUCCCUUUUGCAGCUUCUGUGUUUCCGGCCACUGAGAUGCCAGCAGUCGAGUAAAGCCCUGCCAGCUGUCGGGAGUGAAAUGCAGAUCAGACCCAUUGUGAUGUCACAGAAAGAUGGGGACAGGCCAAAGAAAAAAGUGACUUUUAAUUCUUCCUCCAUCAUUUUUAUUAUCACCAGUGAUGAGUCAUUAUCAGUUGAUGACAGUGAUAAAGCCAGUGGGUCCAAGGUUGAUGUAAUCCAGGUUCGUCCAUUAUAGGAAUAAAUGAUGGUAAUAAAAGAUGGAGCCUUGAAUUGAACACUAUAUAUAGACCUCCAUUAAAAAGACUUUCAGAAUACACAUUCUUCAUAAAAUUAACACAAUGUUUGUGGCCCAGCAUAAUUCUGAAUUACUGUCUAGCUUCAAGAAGUAAUUGAAGACAACAAAUUCUUUUCAUUCAAUGGGUGCUUCACAUAAUGAAAAACCACCUGUGGCACAAGAUGGGCAUCUUGACUCCAUCCUCUUCUAAUGUGGGAAAUUUUCAUUUCAGAUACAUUUUUAAGGGACUGUAUUUUCCAAGGCAAUUAUUACAUUUUUCCUCAAAUAUAUUUCUCUGUAAAAAUAGCUUUGUCUCAUACACUUGUGUGAAAUAAUUAGAAAAUCUUGAAUUUUCUGUACAAUUGGGUCCUUUUCAGUGUUGUCAUGUUUGACUAAAUCAUAUUUAUGGAGCUAAUUCUAGAAUGCAAGCAUAAGAGGAGUCUCACACUAAUGUACUAUGGAGUAUGUGCUUGGUGAUAUUACUAAAACCAGCAAUGCAAAGAGAACAGGUUGAGGAAUUUCAAGGUAAUCUUGGUACAUAGCUCAUUGUACAAUUAUAGAAGAUUACAUGGUGAAGAUGAUGUUGAUGACAGCUGCUUUCUCCAUCUAUUUGGACCAUGAGCAUGGAAGGGUUAUCCUGCCUUCAAAUAGUUUUCCAGAGUUACGGAUUUAGGAAAAGAUUUCCAGGCAAACAAGGAACUAAAGUGUAGAAGUGUAUUCGUGGAAUAUAUUAUUUAGUUUUGGUGGUCGUCAAUUAGUCCACUAAAUAAGUUAUGACCAAUGUUGGUGGAGAGGCAACCAUAAUAUGUUACCACUAUACAUGUUCCUUCUGCAAAAGGAUUAUUUUCAUAUGACUACAG